AUGCCUGUGACCCACGCAACCCCUAUCCGGCCGCCAUCUACAGCACUCUUUCCGGUACUGAUCGAGUUAAUCUGUACGGUUGCAGCGUCGAAGUGGACUACGCUGGAUACGAUGUUGACGUGCGUCGUUUUCUCGGUCUUCUGCAGGGACGCCACGACGCACUUACCCCCCCCCUCACGCCGCCUCAACACUGAUGAAAACUCUAAUAUUUUGAUUUAUGCCGCUGGACAUGCUGCGGAAGGUUUUUUUAAAGUUCAGGACUCAGAGUUCAUGAGCUCCAUGGACGUUGCUGAUACACUUAUGAUGAUGUGGGAGCAACGACGGUAUGGGAAGGUGGUUUUUCUGGUGGACACCUGCCGUGCGUUGGGGAUGUGCCUUGAUAUUAAGGCCCCCAACGUGAUUUGCCUCACCUCAUCGGAUGCGACGUUGGAAAGUUUUUCGCACCAUGCGGAUCCUUUGCUAGGGUUGACAUUUAUUUCACGCUGGUCGUUUGAAUCGCUGCAGCUUCUGGAGCACGCAAAGUGCCGUGUCAAGCCCAACGAGAAAACAGCUCUGCAAACGUCCUGGUACGACUUCAAUUACGGUGAGGAGCGGAGGAGUCUGCCCCCUCCGCUUUCGGUGCCGUCACACUUUGAUGCUGUGAAUAGCCCGGGGGCGAUUCAUCAGUGGAAGUUGGAAGAGUUUUUUUGCGAUCGCACACGGGAGAUAGUUUCAGUCGAUGUACGUUACGACUUACUGUAG